CGUAUUUUCUGUCGGGUGGAAGAAAACUCAGUAGUGUACAUAAUUUAGUUAGAAUAAAUGUAUUCAUUCCAUUUGUACGUGACGCGAUUGCAGUAAUUACGUGUGUUUAUCAUCGACAGUGCUGUGAUAUUCGCGAUAACUAUUUCGUUAUUACAGUGAUGUGCAGUUGAAGAUUGUGUUUGGCAUGGUGAUAUCAACGACUGCGGUCGUCCUGCAAGAUGUCAAAAGAAGUAGCGGAAGAGUAUGCGUCGAGUUUGGCGGACCUAACCGUCAACAGCAAGCCUCUGAUCAAUAUGUUGACGAUCCUCGCGGAAGAGAACAUCGACCACGCCGGGGUUAUCGUUGAAACAGUGGAAAAGCAUUUGGAGAAGGUACACCCAGACAUCAAGCUGCCUGUACUGUAUUUAGUUGAUUCCAUUAUCAAGAAUGUUGGCGGUGCCUACACACAGAAGUUUUCACAGAGCAUUGUCAAUAUGUUUACCAGGACAUUCAAACAGGUAAUUGUUGAUGAGAAAAUCAGGUCACAAAUGUUCAAGUUGCGAGAGACUUGGCAUGAUGUGUUCCCAGCCACGAAGCUGUAUCAACUGGAUGUGAAAGUGAACUUGAUCGACCCAGCGUGGCCUAUACAAGCGCAGCCCCAGCAGUCUAACAUCCAUGUAAAUCCAAAUUUUCUGAAAAAGUCGGUGGGAGCCACUACCAGUACCAGUACUGCUGCGGCUCCGGUACCGGUACCAGUUGAGGAAGAUGAAAAGAUGAGGAGUAUCCUUGCCAAGAAGGAGCAAGAGCUCCUCAUGCUGCAGAGAAAGAAGGUGGAAAUGGAGCUCGAGCAUAUGAGGCGGCAGGUCGAGAUUGCUGAGAAAACUGUUACUAAAAAGGUGCCAAUAGUUCCUCCCGUGAACAACGUGAACUCCACAAACAGCGUCCCGGCGGCCGCGCCCGUUCAUGCAGUCGCACCCGAAGUUGUCGCUAACAUACCUGCUAAGCAGCGGCUUGGACCGCCGGUGAAUAAAACGGCGGGACGCAUCGCCCCCGUCAGCGCCACCCUGCUCACCGCGCGGCGAGACCCGCGCCUCGCGCGACACGCGGCCGCGCCCGCCGCCGUCACCGCGCCCACUGUCCGCGCCCCGCCCGCCGCGCCCGUGCCGCCCGUCGCCAUCGUCGCCCCCGCCGCCGCCAUAGCACCCAACGUCUUCGACAUCAAACCCCUCGAGCGAGUCACCAAGCGAAAGAACGUCAUCACUAUAGACGUGCGCCCCGAGGUCGAAGCCAAACCCCGCCGCCGAGACCCGCGCCUCGACAAGCGUGACCCGCGCCGCAACAGGCAGCGCGAUGAGCGACGCCGGGAGGACAAACCCGAGCCCGAGCGCAUCCCCACGCCCGCCUACGUCGACAAACUGCCUGAUCCCAAAAAGAUCAGCAAAAUGCCGCCGAUACCUAAAAUCUCUAAGACAAAGAGAGACGCAGAUGUCGUGACGCCUAAGAGGAAGCGAGAUGCGUUACGUGCUGAGCGCAGACGGCGGCGCGACGAGGAGGCGGAGAGGCAGGCCAAGCAGCCGCCCGCGGCCAAGCCGGCGCCGCCCGUCACGUCGCCGCAGAAGGAGGCUCGCGCGGCCGUGACGUCGCCGCGCAAGGAGGCCCGCGCCUCGCCCGAGCUGGUGACGUUCAAGGAGCUCCGCAACUACCACAAGGAGCACUACAUGCGCCGCAACCGCCAACAGUCCGACAGCCCGGAACCCGCAAGUGUUGCUGAUAUCGUGACAGAGAAUAAGGAUGUAGAUCUUAGGGUUUUGCCUGCGGUGGUGAAUGAUACCAAAGCUGCGGCCGUGGCUCAGAAGCGACCGAGCACCGAGGCUGUAGAAGUUAAGGCCAAGAAGACUAAAUUGGACAAGUUUGAUGUACUGUUCGGCAACGAAGACGUGGAUCUCCGUCAGCUUCCCCAAGUGGAUGAAGUCAAUCCUCCACCACCCCCAUCCAUUACAUCAUCCCCGAAGUCUGACAACAAGCCUGAUGACGAAGCCCCUGUACCGUCACCCAAAGGAUCCCCCAAAAGGGACUGGAACGAAGUCAAAAAGAGGGAUGAUAAGAAAACUCCUUCGAAAUUGGACCUCGUAAGGGCCAAGUUUGCUGAAGUGACGAAAGGCAAAGAUAGACUGGGCAGGCCGUUGCUGUUCAGUAAAUCACCUAGUGUAGAAAGAGAAAGAAGACGCACAAUGAGCGGUGACGAUAUGGACUUGAGAGAUAAUGACGAGCAAGGUUUUGUCGAAAACAAGAAAUCUAUCUCCAUCAUCAUGUCGCAAGCUAAAGAACAUUUCACAGACGGACAGUUAGACAAAAAUCAGUACAAUACGCUUAUGUAUCAAAUACUACAGAUCAACGAGAAGCUCAAACUAAAAGAGGCUAAACAGAGGGAGUCCCUCGAAAUAUCUAAAAGAAAGCUCAAAGCACAAACUCUUGACGAAAACCACAAAGUACCUAGUCCGAAGUCUUCACCGACUGAACGGAAUAGGUUCGGAGAUAUCGACGAGAGGAUCACACCGUCCGUGUUCAUGGACACACCUCCAGACAGUCAGGGAAUGUUACAGGACUCCGACAUGAGAGUGAACUCAGAUGGCGUCGACGGCAUGAAGCCAAAGACUCUGCUACCUCUCCCUCCUGGCAUGCCAAUGUUCCCGCCAUACCAACAAAUGUGGCGAGGACCGAGACCGAGAGGCGAUGACUUCGGACCCAGAAGGUUUAGAGGUCCUGCCCCACCAUUCUUCAGAGGGAAGUUUGACAAAAGAGCUCCGAGACCGCCAUUCGAACCUCGGAUGCCAAUGCCUCCUCUGCCCACCCCUAAAAUGGGCAUGUGUCAAGGAGAUUAUCCAUUACCACCUUAUGAAAGAACCGAGUCUCCGCCGCCUUUGGGAGCUCCGGGCUUCGCCAUCCCACCCACAGACUUCAAAGUUAUUGAGUACAUAGACCAGGAUCCAUUCAAAACUAUCCAAAUUGACGGCAUUCCUAGAGAGAUCAGGUUCUACGGUGAUACUGCCGUUAUCAUGCUCGACUGGGACGAUCCUAGAGAAAUUAAAUUCUUGCCCGGAUGUAGGAGAGUGACGUUUGAUAACAAAGACUCCAUAGUAUUAUCUUUCAAUGAAGGCUAUAAGCAAGUAGAAAUAGAUGACCAAGUGUUCGAUAUAAAGUUCGGUUCGCCGACUAGAGAAUUGUACAUAAAUGGCAGGUGGUAUGAAUGCUUCUUUGGUGGCCAGCCUUUAGGCGUCAUUAUAGAUGGGAAGCCGAGACUAGUACAUUUAGAAGGUCCCAUGCCUCAGGUAGAUAUUGGUAAAGCUAAGCGCACGGACUUGGUCGCUGGCAAAAUCAACCUUAUCGUGAACGCGACACAGAUGCACCCAGUUUACUUGGAUGCCAAGGUGCAAAAGAUCUUAGUCAAUGGUCAAUUUUUGACCGUACGCUUCGUGGAUUCACUCAGAACAGUUUUGAUCAACGAGCAACCAUUCAAAGUGGAGUUUGGUGAUCUUCCGAAACCUAUAGUAGUUGGUAGUGAGAAGUACUUCAUUAGAUUCUCUGCGUUGCCUCGUAAUAUCAAGCCUGGGUAUAUUCAGAUAGCGAAUAUGGAAGGCAUGGGCUUGCCUGUGCUUACUCAAGUGAAGAAAGUUGAAGAUAUUAAGGAAGAAGACACAAAUAACAUGGAGGUUGAUCAGGAGCCUAUCGUCAGGCCGAUGAAGACUCCCAGCCCUGAUAACAACACCGAGAGUUUAGGACUCGACAUGCUAGCCAGCGUAAUGCCUUCAAGUACGGUACCAGCAUCAGGCUCCGAGUACAGCGUUGCCGAACCACUAUUCGCCAAACCCGAAAAAAUCCCCGGCCUUGAAACACCCGCUGACGAGAAACCACCAGUUUUACCAGGCCUACCAAUAUUAGGAAAUAUUAACGUUAGCGAUCUGUUCGCUAAGUUGGUAGCGACUGGUAUAGUUCAAGUGAAUAAUGAUAAUAAAGAGGAGAGUAAGGAAGAACAGAAGGAAGAAGUUAAGAAUAAACCGAAGGAGGACAAGAAUGUUAUACAUAGAGUUGACUUAAUGAGGCCUGAGACUUUCAGAGUUAAACAACCCGGUCUAGUCGCCAAACUGUACGGCGGCAUGCAGUGCUCGGGCUGCGGCGCCCGCUUCCCCCCGGAGCACACGGUGCGGUACUCGCAGCACCUGGACUGGCACUUCCGCCAGAACCGCCGCGACCGCGACUCCGCCCGCCGAGCACACUCGCGACACUGGCACUACGACCUGUCCGACUGGGUGCAGUACGAGGAGGUCGAGGAUCUGGAGGAGAGAGAAAAGAGCUGGUUCGAAACCGGCGGCAGCACAACCACGACAGCAGAAGCUACCGAAGCCCCCGCACCCGUGCCCACCGUGACGCCCUCUACAGCAGCCCCCGCGCCCGCGCGGCACUGCUGCGCGCUGUGCGGGGACACCUUCCAGCAGUUCUACAACGAGGACAAGGAGGAGUGGCAUCUCAGGAACUCUGUGCGACAUAAUGAUGAUUAUUAUCAUCCGCUGUGCUUUGAUGAUUAUAAGGCUUCUCUCACAAAAGCCGAGGAGCCGUCCAAAGAGUCAUCAGACGACGUGCAGCCCAUAGAGAAAACGGAAGAAGCCAUAGAGAUCAAAGACGUGGACGACACGGUAGAAGAACAGUCGGACAACGAGUCUGUUGUUGAAGUCGUUGAAGAGGCUAAGGAUUUGGAUCCUGUUGAAAUAGACGAAGGCGAGGAAGACGAUGUAGUCUUCAAGGCGGAGCCAGUGGAACAGGUGGUGGUGGAGGACGAUGCGGACACCGACGAUGAGACCGCCGCCACACGCGCUGAGCGAGACAGGCUGGCGGAGAUCGACUUCUCCAAAGUCAAGGUUAAGCAGGAGCCGGUUGAUCCUGACGACGAACCAAUAGUAACAGCGGAAGAGGAAACAGUCCAAGCUCGAGUAGACAACACACAUGCUACCGUCGAGUCUUCAAUCGACGGCAACCUACAACUCGACGCCGCCAACGCGCCCGCCACGGCCCUACCCAUCGGAGGCAUUCGCAUCAACAUAUCUAAGUCCCUACCCUCCUUUAUCAACAACAAUGAUGAUAAAAUGCUCGAAGACAUCAGUGCUGAUGAUGAGCCCUUACCACCUGGUGAAGAACCAGAGUUAGAGUAUACGUUAAAACCGGCGCUAGAAGGCGUUCAGUUCAGUAGACAACCACCGGUGACGAGAGGCAAUGAGUUGUCUGGGUUAUGCUCAAUCAUGUAAGUGUGGGUACUCACUAAACAUAUUUUAAUUGUUUAAUAUGUUUGAAGCACCAAGCUGUCUCGUUUGAUAGUUCGAAUUUGUCAAUUUUGAUUGAUAUUAAAGCGUGUUUAGCACAGAGAAUUGAAAGAUGAGCGGAGAUGCUAUAAGGCAGAUAGGUCCGCUAAAACGCCAGAUUAAGUGUGAGGCGUUCGGGUUUCUUGAGACAUCUGUCGAAGAGUUUUGUUUUUACAAUAAAUGGGUGAGUUCCAAAGAAAGCGUUUAAAGAUAUAGCUAGUAACGUUAAUCGUCACCCAUUCACCGCCAUUUUGGCGACGCUACUUAGAUUUUCUGUCAUGACAUCUCUGCUCGUAAUUUUGUUCUCGAUGGUGUUUAGUGAGUAGUCACGCAAAAUGGUCUUUAUUUACGUAUCUAGUCUUUAGCAGAGUGAUUUGUUUAAAAUUGUGUUUACGAUUCAAUAAAAAAUAGUGUUAGUUUGACCUAUUUACGAUUGGUAAAUGGGUUUGCGUAGUUCGUGCUACUAAAUUGUAGUGCAACAUAAAUACUAAAGGCUAAAUACGUAUGAUCAUUGUAUGAAAGGUUUAGCAAAACCAACUAAUAUAGUCAAGUAAUUGAUUUAUUCGUUUUGGCAUAUAAUUAUAUGCAAGUAGAAUUAAAAUAAUGUUCAACUUUGGACAUUAGACUGAUAUAUGAAAAUAAUCAAGUUUAGCAUAAACCUAUACAAAUGAAACCCUAUAAAGAAACGCGCAAUAACUAGAUUUAAAUCAAAUGAAUUGUCGAUUAUAUACUAUUACUCCAAUUCAAUCAAUUUAUUAGAAGUUAUUUAUUCAGAUGGCUGAAUUAGUUGGUUUAUUGAUUAAUAAUGUUUAUGUGUUGUGGUGGUGGUCAUAUGUAAGAAUAAGAACCGGCCUAAUGGUUCUAGUUUCCUAUUAAAAUAGUGUGGGUCGCUAUAAAUUAGUUUGGUGCAUUCAUUGUUUCAAAAUCGUGAGAGAUUAAUACAGAUAUGAAAAUAUACCUAUGUAUAGUAGUUUAUUAGGGUUCCGUAGCCAAAAUGGCAAAAACGGAACCCUUAUAGUUUCGUCAUGUCCGUCUGUCCGUCUGUCCGUCUGUCCGUCUGUCACAGCCGAUUUACUCGGAAACUAUAAGUACUACAGUGAUGAAAUUUGAUGGGAAUAUGUGUUGUAUGAACCGCUACAAAAAUAUGACACUAAAUAGUAAAAAAAAGAAUUGGGGGUGGGGCCCCCCAUACAUGUAACUGAGGGAUGAAAUAUUUUUUUUCGAUGUACAUACCCGUGUGGGGUAUCAAUGGAAAGGUCUUUUAAAAUGAUAUAAAGUUUUCUAAAAAACAUUUUUCUUAAAGUGAACGGUUUUUGAGAUAUCAGCUCUCAAAGUCGUAAAAAGUAUGUCCCCCCCCCUCUAUUUUUAUAACUACGGGGUAUAAAAUUCUAAAAAAAAUAGAGGUGAUGCAUGCUAAUUAACUCUUUCAACGAUUUUUGGUUUGAUCAAAGUAUCUCUUAUAGUUUUUGAGAUAGGUUGAUUUAACUGUAAUUUACGGAACCCUUCGUGCACGAGUCCGACUCGCACUUGGCCGGUUUUUUUUUAGUUAUACAAGUAUGUAAACUUCUCUUUGAUAUGGGGCAUAAAGGCAGCUAUGGUAUUAAAAAUAUGUCUCACUUUGCAAUGAAUGCAUUUAAAAAGUUUAUAACCCAAAGCCGACGCGAAACUGACGAAGAUUCCAAACGGUCUUCUAUAUUCUAGCUUGUGCUAAAAUAUACCUUAAAUCUUCCAAUAUAAAGUCGCUUUUUAUAUCGUAACUGUUAUACUUUUCGUCAGUAUUACGCCAGCUCUCGAGUUAAUGUAUGUAAAUGUAAUGAAUUACAUCACGUAAAUGAUUGUAUAAUUAGGAUUUAAUGAAUUACCUCUGUUAGAAUUAAAUAGCUGUUUAAACCCAACGAUGAUGGAACACAGUUUCAUUGUAUUGUGGAAAGCAUAUGGAAAGGUGACUAUUAUAUUCGUAGCUUUUAAUUUUAAGCUAUUUAUAUCUUUAUAUAUUCCACUAUCACUAUACCAACUAGAGUAACUUAUAUGUAAAGGCGCUCUCAUCCUUCCAUAUGAAGCCACAAAAGAAUUGUUAAAACGAAAUGUGAUAUUAAACUUAAGUUAUCGACUUAUCUAACAGCGAAUGUGCGUUUUGUUUGACGAAUUAAUUUUGUGUAUAUCAUGUAGCUAAAUGUAAAUAUUCGGUUGAUUUAUUGUGUGUGUAAAUAUUUAGGUGUAUUUGUAAGGGUACAAAUUGUUACUGCGUUUGUAUGAAUAUGCAUGAUUGAUGAAUGUGUAAAUAUUUAAUUAUAGAGAAUCUCUGCG